AAUAUAGAAAUUAUCUACAUUUUGUCUCCUUCUUGCUCAGGACUGAUUUAAAAUGAAAGAGAAAUGCUUCCUUUCUUUCAUGUCCUUCCAGGGCCCAUUUAAUUCAUGGAUUCCUCCUUUCUCUGGAAUUUUACAACAGCAGGCGCAGGCUCAAAUUCCAGGACUCUCCCAAUUCUCUUUAUCAACCCUAGACCGGUUUGCUGGACUGUUCCCAAAUCAGAUACUUUUCCCAGCCCAAGGCACCCAGGUGAGACAGCUGGACCCGUCACAGCCUCAAACACCACCACAGACGCAGCAAGGCCCUAAUCAAGUUAUGCCCUAUGUGUUCUUCAAAAUGCCUCAAGAGCAAGCACAGAUGCUUCAAUACUAUCCAGUUUACGUGCUUCUGCCCUGGGAACAAGCUCAGCAGACAGUCGUGCAGUCGCCUCCACAAAUAGGACAGCAGCUAUUCGAGGAGCAGAUGCCAUUCUAUACUCAAUUUGGAUAUAUUCCACAACAAGCAGAACCCGUUAUACCAGGUGGACAGCAGCAACUGGCCUUUGAUCCCUUCUUCAUAGGCACAGCUCCUGAAGUUGCUGUGAUGCCAGCAGGGGGAGUGAUACCAAAUUUACAAAAAGAAAUGAUAAACUUUAAGCAUGUCAGUGCAGGAAUUCUCACUCCUUCAACUUCACAACAAAAACCCAGCACAACAAAUUCUUUCGCUUCUGCUAUAGACCCAACUAUCACCCCAGAGUUCAUGGAAAAGCAGGCCAAGACUGGUAGCCUAAAGGAACCGUAAGAUGUUGUCCUAAUCAUUCAGAGUUUUUGAGGACAGGAUGUGGCGGUGCCUUGGACAUCAUUUUAGGCUAUUUGCUUCCACAAUGUUAGUAUCAGUCAUCUGAAAUAUACAAAAUUUCUUAGCUCUUCUCUUGAAUUUCUUUUUACUUAUAGUUUUACACUCUUUAACAGGUUAUAGAAAAAUAAUACAACCAUUUAAUAAGUCCUGUCUUUACAAAAUUAUAUUGCUUUUCAAAUAUUCUAUCAUUGCAUAAUCUGGAAAGUAACAGCAAUGAGAAUAAAGCUAACAUCACUGAAUCAAUUGGAUAAUUGAAUUAAUAAAGGAUGGCUCUGGAAAAUAAUGUCAUUCAUGAGAAUAAAGAUAUACUGUCA